AUGGACGUGGACGUGGUCGUGGACGUGGACGUGGACGUGGACAUGGACGUGGACAUGGACGUGGACGUCGACGUGGACGUGGACGUGGACGUGGUCGUGGACGUGGACGUGGACGUGGACGUGUACGUGGACGUGGACGUGGACAUGGACGUGGACGUGGACGUGGACUUGGACGUGGACGUGGACUGGACGUGGACUGGACGUGGACUGGACGUGGACGUGGACGUGGACGUGGACAUGGACUGGACGUGGACGUGGACGUGGACAUGGACGUGGACGUGGACGUGGACGGGGACGUGGACGCGGACGUGGACCUGGACGUGGACGGGGACGUGGACGCGGACGUGGACCUGGACGUGGACGGGGACGUGGACGCGGACGUGGACGCGGACGUGGACGGGACGAGCGUUUGCGUUCUCCCUGGCCGUGGACGUGGACGUGGACAUGGACGUGGACGUGGACGUGGACGUGGACGUGAACGUGGACGUGGACGUGGACGUUGACGUGAACGUGGACGUGGACAUGGACGUGGACGUGGAGGUGGACUUGGACGUGGACGUGGACGUGGACGUGGACAUGGACGUGGACGUGGACGUGGACGUGAACGUGGACGUGGACGUGGACGUGGACGUGGACGUGGACGUGGACGUGGACGUGGACGUGGACAUGGUCGUAGACGUGGACGUGGACGGGGACGUGGACAUGGUCCGUGGACGUGGACGUGGACGGGGACGUGGACAUGGUCGUUGA